UGUAAUUUAAACAUGGCUCAGAUACGCCCACCAAAGUUCAAAGUGAACAGCUAUAAAUUGUUUCGAAAGAGUUAUGUGCUAGCGGUAAUUCAGAAACUAAAGCCAUUUAUCAAUGAACGCUAUGCUCAAUAUCUUUUAGAAGAGUCGAAAAGAGUUCACGUUCCGGAUGACAUGGAUGUGUCCCAAAAUGGGGCGUUACUGCAAAACCAAAAGGAAAAGUUAGACAAUUUUAUUGCCACCACAAUUGAUCCGUUCAAGCCAUUUUGGCAGAGUAGAACCAGCCAGGGACCAAGCACAAGCUUGUCAACCAUAGGAGAGUCUAUGAGAGACACGACACUUAGUGACAGUUCCAGUUCAAGUGAUUCGACUGGUAGCAUCAAUCAGAGUACGGAUCGGCAUUCUAGUGGAUCUACAGAUCUGGAUGGGAUUUAUCCGAUGUGGAAUAAUUUAUCCGAUUCACAAAGCUCAAAUUUGUCUAAUUCGAUUCACGAUUUCUUUGCUUCAACCGAUAAUCAAUUGCCAUUAGUCAAUUAUGCAGUGGUUCGACCAGCACCUCGAAUCGGACAUCGAACCGAAAUCGAUAUGACUUCAAUUGAAACACUCCUAAGGCGUCCAAUAUAUCUAGAGUAUUUAAUGGCCAAUGUCAAUAAGAUUGGAACAGAGCCGACUUUAGCAAUUGAGCUAAAUGAUCAGAUGCAUCUGGAGGACACCGAUCUCCCUGAUAACAAUAACUCUAACAUUAUUGAUUCCGUUCCGGGCACCAAUGUGGUUAGACCUGUUAGUACCUGGUUCCCAACUACAGAAAAAUUUCUUAAAUUUGUUUUAACUUAUUUGGUUGUCGUAUUCAUAAUUGGAUUUCUUUUCGCCCUUGUGCCUUAAGGAUUCUAUUUCCCUUUAGGCUAAAUUUUAUUUUAUACUUUGUAUCAAUUGAUUGCAAAUGUAUGUUUCAUCUAGAAGUUUUGCUGUACUUUAUACAAACAUAAAAUUUAAAAUAUAACAA